AUGCACAUACAUAAAUCGAUAUACAUAGCACAAAUAUAUACAUCAAAUUUUUCGAGGGUCAAGUUUUUUUUAAUCAAAAGUUCAUCAGACAAGAACAUAUCAAUUUCGUUAAAUUUUAACAUAUGGGCAACAACUCCAAAGAAUGAAAACAAAUUUGUCUCGGCGUUUGUGGAAAAUGAUUACGUCGUCUUGGUCUUCUCCGUUAAUGGAAGUUCCAAAUUUUGUGGAUACGCUAUAAUGAAGUCAAUGCCUGGAGAAUCUAAAAACAGCAAUGUGUACUUUUACUAUGACGAUAAAAUAUUUCGAGGAAGGAACUUCGAUAUUCAGUGGGUUAGAGUCGUUGAUGUACCAUUUCAAGAAGUAUCUCACUUGAAGAAUAGUUUGAAUGAAAAUAAGUCAAUCAAAGUUGGGCGAGAUGGACAAGAAAUUGAACACAUGAUAGGACUUAAAUUAUGUGAAAUUUUCGAAGCCAAAUAUGCGAAGAUGUCCAAUUUUGGAGAACUGAAGACACAGCAGACAAAUCAAGUAGGACAGGCCACACACCAGACGCAACCGAAACAGACGACACAAAUGACACAACCAUCACAAUCGACACAACGGAGGCAACGAGCGCAGGAAAACCUGGACUCGGGUACCUCCGGAGGGAAGGAAAAAAUUGAUAUGGUAAAAUUGUUUCCACCAAAUAGCACUUUAAACAUAAAUUACAACACUUUCAAAAAAAUGUAUGAAGAAUCUCAGUAUAACUUGGUCAAUAUAUAUAACCCAGCACUUCAUAUAUUUCCAGUGGAUUUGACUAAUAUGAAUUACGAUGAAUAUAUUGAUUUGUAUGAAAAGUCGCAGCUAGCAUGGCAGGAAAAAAUACAGCAACUGCAGCAGUUCAGAUAA